UGUGUGUCAUGGUGUAAACUAUUAUAGUACUACUGCAGGACUGAUAUAUACAAAUUGAAAAUGAUGUUUUGGUCCCCUUCCAUGAUCUUCAACUUCUACCACAUGUUAGAUGUUAGGACAUCCUUGCAAAAGGAGAAAGGAAAAAACAAAAACAUUCAUUGUUAGCUUUCUUUCUUGUGUGUUGUGGCUUGGAGACUUCAGAGUUCUUGCAAACCAGAAUGGCGAAUGAGAAACAAUUGAAAUGGGAAGGCAAGGCUAGCGCAGAGCUAAAUGGCCCAGAAGCAGAACAAGUGUGGCCUCUUUUGGAGGACUUCUUUGGCCUGCACAAGUGGUUCCCAACUCUAACAACUUGCCUUGGUGUUGAAGGCAUAUCAGGGCAACCCGGUUGUGUGCGCUACUGCGCUGGGUUCAAGACUCCAGUUGACCAUAAAAGAGAGCAAGACCAAGACCAAGAGAAGGUGAAUUGGACCAAGCAGAAGCUGCUUUCUAUAGACCCAGCACAACUGAUAUUUAGCUAUUCUAUUAUAGAUGGGAAUGUUGGGUUCAACUCAUACAUUUCAACUGUGCAAGUGGUUCCAAAGGAAGGUGGCUGCAGCAUUGUGUGGAAGUAUGAAGUUGAACCAGUGGAGGGGUGGAAAAUGGAGGAUCUGGACAUGUUUAUUGGCACAGGCUUGCAAGUCAUGGCUAGCAGAAUGGAAGCCUCUCUCCAACUCCAAGUUGGGCCACUGGAACCAUAGAGUGAUAACUUGUCUUGGUGUCCUUUGUUGGUUUGACUUUAUUUCUCUUGGGUCAGCAUUAAUAUUGUUGCAGAAAAGGUGUUAUGUGUGUUUUGCUGUGUCUGUUUUCUUCUUCUUCUUUUUUAUUUAUUUAUUUAAGUUUUCGUAUGUAGUGCAAAAUUUAAAGAUAUAUGUAUGUAUGUUGAUCCAUCAACUAUGUAAAAUCGUGCAAUAAAAUUUAUUUCCUUUUGAUA